GAGUGAGGAUGGAAUGUUUAUCGGGGCUUGGGGCAUUGUGUGCAGAACAUCACGGAAUAGAUUCUCCGGCUUGGAUUCUGCAUCUCGUUCUGCACUGAUAGUUAUUUGCGUUUUGUCAGCAGGAAACACAGCGUCAAUCGCGCUAUUCUUUAUAACCAAAUUAAACAGCGUAGGAUGCGAUAGUGCUGCCUGAAGGCACAAAGAGAUCAGGACGGACAUCUAAAGGGAAAGUGAGUGCACAGAGCCACACGUCAGAUAAAGUUUAGCCGGCUGCGUGUCGAUUCGCAUCAAAGACAGAGAAAAUGUCUAAACCUAAUUAUACCGGCAUUUACCACAUGGUUUCCCAGGACAGCUUUGAUGAAUAUCUGGCGGCUUUGGAUGUUAAUUAUGCAUUAAGGAAAAUCGUCAGCAUUCUGAAACCCAGUAAACAUAUUGAGCAUGAUGUGAACACCGGCAAAAUGAACAUAAAGACAGUCACAACCUUUAAGAACUUCGACAUGGAUUUUACUCUGGGACAGGAAUUCACCGAGGACCUGGGGCCAGUUGAUGGACGAAAGUGCCAAACCACUGUCGACUGGGACGGUGAUAAAUUGGUGUGCGUUCAGCGAGGAGAGAAAGAGGGUAGAGGGUGGACACACUGGUUGGAGGGAAACAUUCUCCAUUUGGAGUUGAGGGCUCAGGGUGUAACUGCCAAGCAAGUCUUUAAGAAGUCUGAGUGAGGGAUAGCGAGAGGGAGAAAGAGAGGGGCCAUUUGCGGGGAGUUUAAGCUCAGAGUGUCCUAAGAUAUCUGGACUCAGAAAGAGGCCAUGUUGCCACAUAGAUCUGUCCUCAAUCAGCAGCAAAUAUUGUUUUAAUGGAGACUACAAAUGUAGAAAUUGUUUCCCUCUCAGUGAAAUAUUUCAGCAUGAAAGUGAAUUUCCUUCUCUCGCAUUUGAAAUCCAAACAAAAUUUAGAAUGAGAUCAGGCCACAGUAGCCCUCCAGACCUUUGUUAAUUUUAGUGAAUGGUACUGUAAAUAUGGACCAGUUUCAGGCUGGAUUCAUAAAAUCCUAAAAAUGUUUUAUGCCGUUAUGUUUGUAGUAUGCAGAAAUAGUGAUGCACUUAGCCAAUCAAGUAGUUCACAUUCUUAAAUUUGUAUUCCAAAAUUCUAUGCCUAUUUAUCAAGUGUCCUGCUACGGAAUUUGAAUUUGUAAAAAAUUCUGUAAUGACUGUUAAGUCUGUUGAAUUUGUUUUGAUUAAUGCACUGCACUUGUCAAACUUUGCCUAAAAGUGCUGAGAUAUGUAUGGUCAGAAAUGUAAAGUUAUUGUCCUCUACUGAAUACAACUCUUUAUAUUACCAUAAAAACAGAUGUGUGUGAAAUAUUUUUGUUACUGGUUACUUGUCUUAAAAAGUUUUAUAUAGCUGCUGUGCUGUUUCAGUUGUUAAAAGAUUGUUCAGUACAAGUUGGGCUCAAUCGAUAGCAUUUGUGGCAUAAUGUUGAUUACCACAAAAAUUUAUUUAGACUCCUUCCUCCUAUUCUUUAAAAAAAGCAAAAAUCGAGGUUACAGUGAGGCCCUUACAAUGGAAGUGAAUGGGGACAAUUUUUGGAGGGUUUAAAUAAAGCAUAUAAUUUUAUAAAAACACUUGCAUUAAUUCUUCUGUUAAAACUUGUGUGUUAUUUGAGCUGUAAAGUUGUUUAUAUUGUCAUUUUUGUGUUUGUUGACAUUACAUCGUCAUGGUAAUGAAGGCUAUAAUUUUACACAGAAAAUGUUUGUAAGUGAUUUUAUCAAACUAAAAUAAUGUUUACACACACUUUCUUUAUGUCUUGUGGCUAAACUUUUUAAACAGCGAGUAUUUUAGUGUAAAAAAUUGUCCCCCAUUAACUUCCAUUGUAAGUUCCUACAUCCAGAUUUUUGAUUCCUUUAAAAAAGGAGGAACGUGUCGAAAUAAAUGUUUGUGGUAAUCAACAUUAUAUCACAAAUGCUGUCGAUUGAGCUGUAAAUAACCUGGAACAUUCAUUUAAUUUACUAAAUGCUAACUAAAACACUUACAUUGACUACAUGGGACUGUAACUUGAUAAAGUGCACAGUGGCCACCUCAUAACACUUUAAUUUAUAAAACUUAUGCUAGCAUUAAUGGUUGACCGAUAUAUCGCAAAGGCCUAUAAAUCGGCCGAUAUUCUGACUUUUUUAAUGUUCGGCAUCGGCUGAUAAAUUUUCCCGUUUGGUUAAAAACCAAACCGUUUUUUUCUUGAGGGAGGCAAAAAUCACCUGCAUGCAUGCAAAGUGACUGAGACAUGUAAACAACCAAGUUUUGUUUUGUUGUUACGUGCUAUCAUGUUACUACAAUAAUAGAACGUAGUGCAACACAGUGUCAUUUAAAUGGUCCACAUAUUUGGCAGAUGCAUUUGAGCUCAUAAUGUUAAAGUGCUCGACUGUUUAAUUCUCCCUCUCUCUCCUCAACAGUUCCCUGUAACUUUGAACUGUCUUGUCUAAUAAUAAAAAGGCAAAUAUCAAUAAAACUAAU